ACAGGCGGCCAAUCCAGCAACACUACAGCAAUUGAGUGUUGCCAUAUCCCAGUACUUCUAAAACCAUGGCUUCUGCUAAUUACAUGUCUCCCACUUCCUCGACAACAACGCCAACAUGGCACCAGUUUGAGCGGAAGGUCGAUGAGGUCAAGCCAUCCAAGACUGACAUUAACUAUCUUGUUAUGGACUACCUCAUCACCAAUGGAUAUCCAGCUGCUGCGAAGAAGUUCGCUUUAGAGGCCAACAUCCAACCCAGGGCAGAUGUAGAGGCUAUUCAAGAAAGAGUAGAAAUUCGCACUGCCAUUCACUCGGGGGAUAUCAAAGCUGCCAUCGAAAAGAUCAAUGAGCUCAAUCCACAGAUUUUGGAUGAAAAUCCUCCCCUGCAUUUUGCACUGCUACGCUUGCAACUUGUGGAGUUGAUUCGCUCGUGCACAUCUGAACCAGAUGGGGAUAUCACUCCUGCCCUUGAGUUCGCGACAUCGCAACUCGCACCCCGGGCACCCACCAACCCUCAGUUCUUGGAAGAUCUUGAGAGGACGCUGGCGCUCCUCAUCUUCCCCACUGAGAACCUUACACCUGCUCUAGCUCCUCUUCUACAUCCUGACUUGCGUAAAGAUAUAGCCACUAGCGUGAACGAAGCCAUCCUGCAUAAUCAGGGCGCUCGUAAAGAAGCCCGAUUGCGCAACCUUGUCAAGUUACGUGCCUGGGCGGAACAAAAGGCCCGUGAGGCUAAGAAGGAUGUCCCAGAGAAACUAGACUUGGGCCUCAACGAUAAUAACACCAAGGGUCAUAACGGCGCCACUAACGAUACCCUGAUGGCCAAUAACGGAGACGUUGAUCCAAUGGUCUCCUAAUAGAUUUGGCCAGCGGGCUCGGCUAAUCCUGUAGUGCGAUAUCACGAUCCAUUUUUAUGACUGUUACCUCCGGCGUUGUCAGCGAUGGCAAGGUACUUGGCGCAGAUACACAUUGGCCAAGACAAUUACCUCUAUACUUUUGUAGCAACCUCACCUUAAUACCAAGACUUUAUAAUUAGACCUC